AAUCUGAGCUGAAUAGUAGCAGACUCGUAAGUGACAACGUCUAGACAUGGCGGCACUAACUACUUUCAUCCUUUCGGCACUUCUAGCUUUGGCCAACGCUGAAUUCGAAUCAAGGAUCAUAGGGGGAAUAGUGGCAAAGCCAGGUGAAAUUCCUUACCAAGUUUCUCUCCAAACUGCGAGUUCCUCGAGACAUUUUUGCGGCGGAUCAAUUCUUGAUAAGUACCACGUUAUAACUGCGGCUCACUGUGUAGCUGGCAAACGUGCGCAAGAAAUCAAGGUCGUUGCUGGUACGGUCGAUUUGACGAAACCUGGAUCAAACUAUGCUGUGGACAAGAUUUCUAUGCAUGAAAGAUACAAUAGUUGGGUGAACGACAUCGCUCUGAUCAAGGUGAAAACUCCGUUCGUGAAAUCCACUCUGAUAUCGUUCGUACCUCUGCCCGAUACGAAUGAAGUCGUUAAAACUAAUGACCCAGCUAUAGUCUCUGGAUUCGGUUGGCUCUCGUAUCAAGCGGAUAGAACCAACCUUUUGCACUGGGUAAACAUCACGAUUGCGAGCCAGGAAUACUGUCGUAAGGUUUGGUCGGAUUCGCACCACAUUUAUAAUACACAUCUGUGCGGAUACGACCCUAAUGCUGUACGGGGACAUUGCAAAGGUGAUUCCGGCGGUCCAUUGAUGGUACGUGGAAAACUAGCUGGUCUGGUAUCCUUUUCGAGAAAUUGUGCCGAUGUAGUGUAUCCUUCUGUGUACACGCGUAUCAGCGCGUACCUUGAUUGGAUCAAGAAGCAUGCGGUGUAGUGAAUCCGUCAUCGACUGCGAUAAACAACGAUCAUUGUCACGCUCAUUUGUAAAAUGCACCAUACACGAUUUUCUCGUGAAUGCAUCGGUCGCUGAAAUGUCAAAAAGCUCAAAGACAGAGCAUUUCAAUGUUAAAUGGAGAAGCAUGUAUUUGCCAGUAAAAGCUUUCAUGGAUCGUAAUCUUUUUUAUUUCGGUUAUGGGUGAAAGAAUAUCCCGAACGAUUGGAGUUGUAGACAAAUUGAACCCGUCGAUUGUGUUCCGAUUGAAAACCGAAAUACGAUACAGCGCAAAGCUUCGGAACUGUUCGAUAUAACCACUCGACCGAAAGUUUCUGCACAGGAAGUCUUUCGAAUAAUAAUUUUGCACAAUCUUUGUAUCGACAGAUUAUACGAUUUUUUAAAUUUCACGAGCUCAUAAAUUUUCUACUUCGUUUCAAACUGUACGCACAUGUAUUUUAAUUAAAGUUUCAAAAAAAUACACAGUGUAAAUAAAUGGUAAAA